CUUGCUUCAAGCAAUUCUUUUUUUAACUGAUUAUUACUUUUCGCCCAAGAAUGAUAUGGACCAUAGCGCUGAAAUCCAGCAUAGGUGAAGCGACAGUUUUCCUCCAGCACCAGAAAACGGCCCUUGUUAAUCGUGGACCUGGAGGCAUAACUCGCGUUGAGCUCAGCGCCCCGAGGAACGUUCUAACGUCACAAGCUACGAUCACCGCGGAUUGCAACAGAGCGACGGUCACUGUGAAACAGAUUGGUUCAAUACCACUGUGGUAUGCUACUCCCACAUCACCUCAGUUCAACACUCUUGCGCGUGGCCAAAUUGUGGUGCUACGUAACGGUGGCUCAUUCAAAUCAAGCGAUUGGUCUCAGUCGUUCACGAUUGAGGUGAGUAUCUCUCCUGUGCCUCCGGUUCCUGAAAUUGAUUUCAAGGAUUUUCCUAAGCUAGGUGUUGCAGACGUUGUUGAUCUUAAGAAGCCGGUUCCACAGCAAGAUAAACCGGUAGUUCUACUGAAACCUCGAUAUCGACAAGCUAAACCGGCAGUUCCGCAGCAAGCUAAACCGGCAGUUCCACAGCAAGCUAAACCGGCAGUUCCGCAGCAAGCUAAACCGGCAGCUCCACUGCAGGCUAAACCGGCAGUUCCACAGCAGGCUAAACCGGCAGUUCCACAGCAAGCUAAACCGGCAGUUCCAUGGCAAGCUAAACCGGAAGUUCCACUGGAAGUUAGACUGGCAGCUCUACUGCAAGAUAAACCGGCAGUUCCACAGCAGGCUAAACCGGCAGUUCCACAGCAGGCUAAACCGGCAGUUCCACAGCAGGCUAAACGGGCAGUUCCACAGCAGGCUAAACCGGCAGUUCCACAGCAGGCUAAGCCGGCAGUUCCACAGCAGGCUAAGCCGGCAGUUCCACAGCAGGCUAAACCGGCAGUUCCACAGCAUGCUAAACCGGCAGUUCCACAGCAGGCUAAACCGGCAGUUCCACAGCAGGCUAAGCCGGCAGUUCCACAGCAGGCUAAGCCGGCAGUUCCACAGCAGGCUAAACCGGCAGUUCCACAGCAGGCUAAACCGGCAGGUCCACAGCAAGCUAAACCGGCAAUCCCUAAAGCAGUUCCAAAGGGAGUUCAACCAGCAGUUCCAGCAGCAGCAGCAGUUCAAGCAGUGCCACCGGCAGCAAUACGAGGACCACCGAAUGUCUUCCCUAAUUGGCGUGAUAUGCUACAGGUGCUUGUCUACAACUCUAGCUUAGUCAGGGCAAGUUCAAAGGUGGCUUCCUUUGACCUGGACUAUACCUUGAUUAAAACAAAGUCUGGAAAAGUUCUCGGAAUAGACAGCAGCGACUGGGAGUGGUGGCAAGCUAGUGUUCCACAGAAGCUCGCUCAGUUACAUCAGAACGGAUAUAAGAUUCUGAUCUUCACCAAUCAGGGAUAUAUCCGGGACUUUGCUGACAAGAAAAAAAUGUUCAAGAGUAAGGUUCAUCAAAUUGAUCGCGCACUACAGCUGUAUAAGGUCCCAUUCCAGCUGAUAUGUUCCACCCACUGGGAAGGUUACCGCAAGCCAAGGACAGGAAUGUUGGAGCACUUCCUCAAGAAAGAGAACUCCGGCAUACAAGUGACGGAAAUGUGUUAUGUUGGUGAUCAAGCUGGCAGACUGAAAAACUGGGCUCCUGGCAAGGAAGAAGACCAUUCUUCCGCUGACAGAGAGUUCGCCAAGAACAUGGGGGUUCCCUUCUACACACCAGAGGAAUUCUUCUUUGGCGAAAAGCCUACAGCUAAGUGGAAUUGGAAGAAGGAUACUAACAAACCCAAGUGAGCAUGAAAAGUCUACGACAAAACAAAUGCAUCCUUGCGUUUGCGGCCUGGUAUAAACAAUCUGAGUAGAGACUCAUCGACAUCUACGUCUUUGAACAAAGUGGAAAAUGGACAGCGCUGUUGGAAACAUCUUGGCAAGAUGUCAAGAGGAAUCAGUGUGGAGUUCGGCGUUUCUUUCAGGACUAAAGUAUUCUGUGGGAAAUGUUUGUUUCGAAACUGAUUUUAAAGUGAUUUUAUGCCAUGCUACCUCACUGGAUUAUUCCAUUGGUGUUGCACGUUGGACUGAAAAUAAAAUAAAUAAUAAAUCAGCUCUGAACUUCACAUUAAAAAUCAUUUGUCCGCUGUGACUGUUUGCGAAUAUAACUAAAGUGCAAUUUCAGAGCUUUGCCCAAAAGCAUGUGACACCGACGACCGUUGUAUUUGGUUUCGCAAAUGGUUUUUUUGCUCGCUUUUGAUUUCUACCAUUACUGUUCAAAGUGGCACUACAGCGCACAGAAGCAGCAAGCUGUUUACGAGCAUUGUAGCUAAGAGCGUACCACCCAGAGGGUACCACGGCACCUGAUCAUGUCGUGUCACAAAGUCGAUGUCAUCCUGUUUCUCAUGUCAUCAGCAUUGAUGAUGUACAAUGCCUGGCGAACCCAAGACUGUUGGCAAGUGUGCUCUAAGUCAACGAAGUGGCUGCUCCUAUGAAUAGGCCUUAGCUGAGCGCAUAGUAACAAAGCAAGGAUCCACAAUUUGUUUGCAUGGUAGGGUAUGAUUUGGACGAUUUCAGCCAAUCAGCGGCCGUUCUGAGCAGGGUAGUAUAUCCAGCGAUAUACGCCUGGUAGUAUAUACCGGUAUCCAGAGCGAUAUACCCCUCUCAGUUCAUGUGGGUAACGCCAUGAGUAAAUAUGGGGGGGGGGGACAGACAGUGAGUGUGUGGUAUGUGGUGUGUGUGUGUGCGUGUGCGUGUGUGUGUGUGUGUGAGAGAGAGAGAGAGAGAGAGAGAGAGAGAGAGAGAGAGAGUAGCAUCAUGUUUUGCAGAGUACACGUACACCUAUUCAUGUCUUUCCGC